CGAGGAAGUUACAGGAAGGUCUACUUAACUCUGAACCUCAUCUCGCGGUGCGCUCAUAGCCACAGUCCCGUAGAUUCUGCGAAGAUAUGUGUGGUGUUGCGCUGUAUGGUUACCCUCAAAGCGAAUCAUGGACAGAUAGUUAAUCGGUUUUACCCAGACGUGGGAUGUGAUAAUGGUCUAUAAUAUUCCGUGUCAGACGAACUCCGCAACGAUGUUUUUGUCCAGUUUAUUCUUCAUGCUGAUUUCUGGAAUAUAUGGCCUCGAAAUUCUGAAACUUCCCCGUAACUGUAGCCAGCCGGAACUGAGUUGCAGAGUCGAGACAGAUAACUGCUUGGAUGAGGUCUGGCUUACCGACAGCAUGUAUACUCCGACAUCGCCGAGGGAUUUGGAGGUGAAGGUGGACGUGAGUAAAGAUGCGAAUGGGGAUCUGCACCCAGUGAUUUUGGCGCAAUGGAAAGCGAGAGACGACGGGAGCAUUCGGUUUCUAAAGGGUGCGGAGCUGUCUGUGUUGCACCUGGGUACCAAUCAGCGCAUCUGUUUAAAAUACAUUUUCCUGGAAAAAUUUCCUAGGAUGAAGAAGAACAUAAGUGAACUGGUGAGGAAAGUGUGGUCCUUUACAUCCGACCCAGUGAUUGUGGUUCCUGAUGAGCAGUACCAUGUGGCUGUCGCCAGUCUGCCCAAGCCAAACUAUUUACACAGCUACGACAAGGUGGAGCAGAGAAUCCCUGUUAAAGGCUGUGAUGAUCCACAAAUCCAGAGAGCCAAAAUAUGUGUGGAUAGAGGAUACCAGUGGCAUCCCAACAUCAGCCUGAGCAAGGCGGAGGGCCAGGGGACUGUCACCCUGGGCUUUGUCCCCGCUGAACUCCGCUCAGACCCCUACCGCGUCACCCUGCAGUGUGGGAAGAGCAAGAGUGAUCCACAGGACGUGUCAAAGGUGACUAACGCGACGCGCCUGACUGUCAUUUAUGAUCUUGCAAAGUUCCCGUCAUACUGCUGUGAGUUCACGGUUCAGAUCCAGCCAUUUUUUCAGGCAUGCGCCAAUGACUGCCCUCGAAGAAAACAGUCUUUCAACAUAUGCCCAGUUACUCCCUCUCCUCCGCCACCAAAACCAGAGAAGUCCCUGAUGUUCAUUGCCAUAGUGGCUGGGCUGGUGUUCACCUGCACACUGGCCUUUUGCUCUGCGUGGGUGUAUCUGCACCGCAAGACCAGCCAGAAAGGAAAAAUUCUCCCCCACUUUCUCGCCCCCGUCACGCCGCUGCCCGCCAGCCAGCCGACCUUCAAGCCGCGCACCAUCCUCAUCAUCUACUCGCAGGAUCACCGGCUCUACACGGACAUCGUGCUGAAGCUGUGCGCCUUCCUGCAGGCCAAGUGUGCCACGGAGGUGGUGGUGGACCUGCUGGACUCAACCUGGCUGGGCACGGUGGGCCGUCUGCCCUGGCUGGAGCAGCAGAGGCGCCGCAUCGACAAGGUUCUGGUGCUGUGUUCGCGCGGCGUGCGCGCCAAGUGGGACGCCAUGUGCGGCGUCCAGCAUCCAGUGACGCUGCGCGAGGACGUGCGCUCGCCCAACGACGACAUGACCACGCCGGCGAUCCAUCUCAUGGCACCCGACCUGCAGCGCGCUGCCUCGCUGGGCAAGUACCUGGUGGCCUACUUCGAGGACAUCAGCAGCGAGCACGACGUGCCCUCGCUCUUCCACAUCGCCGCCAAAUACAGGCUCAUGAAGCACUUCGAGGAGCUCAUCUUCCGCAUCCAGGACAUGGAGAAGUACCGGCCAGACUGCGUCAACUGUGUCCAGGGCCUCGGGCCGGACGACUACUUCAGGUGCCCCUCGGGUCAAGCGCUGAAGGAUGCCGUCGAGACCUUCCGGGACUACCAGCAGCAGCACCCGGACUGGUUCGAAAGGGAGGUCCUGGGCGGCGAUGAGGGAUUGGGUGACGAAACAGAUCCCUUGCUUAUGCUCCCCGCUGGUGCCAUCCCUCCCAUCCUGGAGUGCCAGCCGCUCCUGAACGCAGGCCCUCCCGUGCUGGUCCACGAGGUGGACGUGGUUCCUAACGACCACCCGGCCCAGAGAGUCCACGAGCUGACCCCGGAGAUAAACUCAAUCGAUGCGGGCGGCCCAGUAUCCGUGCAUGUGCUGGAUCUGGACCCGUGGGACCAGCAUCUGAACCAGAACCGACCUGGCGAAUUGAUUAACCCGCCCGUCUAUCUGCUGCAACCGGACGUGCACCAUCCCCUUGCUGGUGGCGGCGCGGAGAAUGUGCCGAGUGUCGUGUGUCGCCACGAGCCACUGGCCGCCAGCACCAGCUACCAGCAGCAGCUCAGGGCCAAACCGGUCGAGCAGGAGGAGGCCAGCGAGCUGUCGCUGACAGACGAGCCGUUCAGAAAUGAGGAAGUGCCGCAACCGUCGCUUGCCAGCGUUCCAGCCAGCGUAUGCGCGAGUGGGAACGCGACGUACAACAAGCCCUCGCUGCAAGCCCUGCAGAAGCUGCUGUCCCUGCAGCAGUGUCUGACGCCGCUGGAUGUGCCUGUCCCUCACGAGCUGACUGUCCAGCCAACGCCCCUGUCCCUGCCCCUGCCCCUGCCCCCGCUUCUCCUACCCCCCGUGCCCACACCACAGGCUCUGGGGAGUCCCUACUCCUCCUGCUCCCUCCACCACCAGCCCCUGGAGCUGGAAGAAGACGAGAGGGGCUACGAGGAGCAACGGGAGGCAGCUGAGGUGGGGUGGGGGCUGGAGGAGGAGGUGGGUGCAGGGGAUGGAGAUGGACAUGGGGAGGUCAUGAUGGUGGUGGAGAACUUGAGGGAGGUGGGUAUGGAGCAGCAGGGGGAGAUGCAGGAGGAGGUGAUGGUGAGGUUGAAGCCGGAGGAGAUGGAGGAGGAGGACUUUGAAAAGAGGCGCUCGCGUGGCUCCGACCAGGGCUACGGGUCAAGGGAGACCCCCACCAGUGACCCCCCACCUUCCUCCUCCACCACCUCCUCCUCCUCUUCCUCCCCUCCGCCCUCCUCUCCCUCUCCCUCUCCCUCUUUGCAAGCGUUGGCAGCCCUCCAGCAGUCUCUGUACUUGGCCAACCCCAGGAUGUUGGACUACGACUCUUGGGAUAGCGCCUAGCACUGGUGAUCAGUCGUACAGCCCCGGCCAUCACAUUGUGCAGUCUUUGGAAAAUAUUUUUUGUUGUCUCUGUUGUUUGAACUGUCAAGACAAACUGAAUGUGACUUCAAUAGGCCGUGAAGUUUUUAUAGACAAAUGUAUCGGAACUAAUAGAAAUGUAUCGCCAUCCUCGUCAUCAUCAUUGUCAUCAUCUCUACAACUCUGGGGCAGUACCAAGCACUGAUGAUCAGCAUUAUGUAAUGUAGCUGUGAAAUCUUUGUACAAAAAUUGUUUUAUGUUGUGUGUGUUUCUGUUUUUUUUUUUAAUAACCUGUUUUCAUUCCGAGGCAUAGGGCCUUCUGUUUUUGCCUCAUGUGUAAAUAGCUGUUUGUACAUGAAUUAACUAAUUAAGUGUGUAGGCUCAGAACCAUUCACUUGUGAGCAGACAUUCCACUUUUUUACAUAAAACAUAAAUAUACAGGGGAGUAUUCCAACAAUACUACAGGGUGUCACAAACAUGUACACACUUCCAAAUAUGAUUUCCAAAGUGUAAUGGAAUUCAUAGACAUCACUUUAUUUUUUUGUCACCGCGCCUAUUCUAAAGCCAGUCAACCAUGACACCUGCAACAGCCACUGAAUUGAUAACAGCCAUUGGAAAUGAAUUCACUACCAAAAGAUUUGCAUUGUCAACGGUGCUUGGACCACAAUGGAUGCCACUUUGAAAACAGAUGGUGACAAAACAGUCUGAUGUCUAUACAUUCUAUUUCACAUUUUAAUUAACACAUAUUUACAAUGAUUUAAAUUGUGUAGCUUAUACAUCUUUUCGACACCCUGUAAACUGUAUAUACCUAUACAAUUUUAUAUCAUAUACAUUACGUAUACAUACCUCUCUACAUAAAUCAAACAGUUUUUGUGUAAGCAUGUUUGUUUAUUUUGGAUGCCAGUUAUUUUUCAUAAUUUGAUUGUACAUAGAGUAAGUAGGCUACUUUUUAGAAAAUCUUACAGAUUUACAGAUUCACAAUGUUGGACACAGAUGAUUUACUUUUAUUAAGGAAGUGGAACCUGGUGUAUUUACUGCCUACAAUUCCAAAACAACUGUGUGCAUAGACAAAGAAAAAUUGAGCCAAAAGUAUGUGCGCAUCUGUUUUGUUUGUUUUCACAUUGAAUAAACAGCCAACUUUGAAAUAAAUACAUUGCCACAUUCUUUGGUAGGCCUAGGUUUCAGAUUACUGUGCUUUCAUAUGUUCCUCCAAUAUGGAAUCAUUAUACUGAAAAGUGAAUUGUACAUAUUCUGCCAGAUUGUUUCAAAAAAUGAAAGAAAUAAUGGACCUCAAACUUUGGCGUGUUAUAAAUCAAAAUGUCUCCUGGAAAUAAGAGCCCUUGGGACAAAAAAGGUGUCUCUUUCAUGUGUCAGGUUUUUUUAAAGCCAGCCUACUUUACAAGGUUUGAAAUAGACAGACUUUCCACAUCAGAGAGCCAGAAAUUAUACGAGUCAUUUACUUAAUGCACUGCUGGCCUGCAUAUUUCCACAUCCAGAGAGUAAUACAUCACAGCACGCUGGUGCACCAAGAUGGUGCGUUGUGCUGCGUUCCUUCAUAACAAUUAUUUCAGAGAACAGCCUUUAGGAUACUAUAAGGCUUGGUAAACAGCAUUCCCAUUGUAGCUUACAUCGGUUUUGUUGCUUUACUUUGCGUUGGACCUCGAUGGCCGCUUGAUUCCAAUUCAGCCAUGCGUAACUUUUUAGUUGCAGUUUGGGGGAAAUCAUUCCACUUCCCAGCAAAGGCCCAAAUUUAUUCUCCAGGUCGUUGUUAUCUGGGUUUAUUUAUUUUUCCGCCUUUGUCUCUUAAAUAUGAAAGUAUGUUAACAAUAAUUCAGGCAUAUCAUUGCAAAUUGUAGGCAUGCCUGCGUCUGUGUGUGCGCGCACGCGUCCACUUGGUUUGAGUUCAAAUUGGCGUAAUUGAGUGCGCCUUGGCCGACUGAUGAAGUCGAUCGAAAUGCCAUUACGCGGCCACGGCAGGGCAUCCUUUACGGUUUCAUGUUGAAUGAUGGUGAUUCAGAAGAGGGAGAAGUAGAAGCCUCUCAGUAAGUAGGUUAGCCUACUGCUGUUCAGGCACACACAUUCAGCUUACAAAUAAGGACCUUGUUACAAAGAGGUAGUUUGACAAAGCAACGGAGUUAAGUCGCCAUUGUAAAAACAAAUGUCAACAUAAAACGAUAUUUCAGAAUUACACAGUCAGUCAAAGGCCUGUUGUUAUUGUAAGCAGGUUGAAUGCCAGAAAUGACAGUGCAUUUCCACAUUAUUAAGUUAAUUCAUGCCUAUAGGCAGGAGGGUCGUCGAGUUAUUAAAGUAGGCCUAGAUGGCAUAUGUUACUUAAUGAGACAUUUCAG